AAUGAAUAAAAAUAGUAUUAAUAGAAAUAGAAAAUUAAAUUUAUUUGCAUGUAAAGAAAAAUAAUGAUAAGAUAUGAAAUAAUUAUUUAAGAAAGAUUUUAUUUUAUUUGAAAUAUAUUUGAGAAGAAAUAUUUUUCUAAAUAUUCAUAUUAAAAUUCUAAAUCGAAAUAAAUCAUAAAAUCAAACAGAUUGUCAUCGUUUUAUAAUAAAUAGAAUAGUAAAAACAAAAUCAAAACUUCAAUCGAAAUUAAUCUUUCCUUGUUUCUCCGAUAAAAAACAGAAUUUUCUUCUUUUUCUUUUCAUCCAAAUCUUUUGUUUUCAUUUUUUUUUUCUAGAAUCAAUAUUCAAUAAAUGGAAUCAAAAUGCCAUCACAAUAGCUGGUGGAAAUGAAGAAGGACCAGGAUUAAAUCAACUCCAUUCGCCUCACGGAAUCUUUAUUGAUCAAAACAAAAAUAUUUUAAUUGCUGAUUAUGAAAAUCAUCGUAUUAUUGAAUGGAAAUGUAAUGCAAAAGAAGGGCUAGUCAUUGCAGGUGGAGAUGGCAAAGGAGAUCAAAUUUCUCUAUUGCAUCAUCCUACAGAUGUAAUCAUUGAUCAAGAAAAUCAUUCGAUCAUCAUUGCUGAUUUGGGAAACAGACGAGUGAUUCAAUGGGUGAAUCAAAAUCAACAAAUUCUCAUUGACAAUAUUCACUGUCAUGGCUUAGCAAUGGAUAAGCAUGGAUUCCUUUAUGUUUCUAAUUGGAAGAAGGAUGAAGUGAGACGAUGGAAAAUGGGAGAAUUUAACAAUGAAGGAAUUGUAGUAGCAGGUGGAAAUGGAGAAGGACAUAAACUCAAUCAACUUGAUUCUCCUACUUUUAUCUUUGUUGAUGAAGAUCAAUGUAUUUAUGUAUCAGAUCAAAACAAUCAUCGUGUAAUGAAGUGGAAAAAAGGGGCAAAAGAAGGACAAAUUGUUGCUGGAGGAAAUGGUAAAGGAGGGAAUCUUAAUCAAUUGUCUUCACCUCAAGGGGUCAUUGUUGGUAAAUUGGGUCAAAUUUAUGUGGCAGAGUAUUGGAAUCAUCGAAUAAUACGUUGGUGUGAAGGAAAAGAAGAAGGUGAAAUUGUUGUUGGUGGAAAUGGUCAAGGAAAACAAUCAAAUCAAUUGAAUCAUCCCAGUGGUUUAUCUUUUGAUGAUGAAGGAAGUCUUUAUGUUGCUGAUGGUCUGAAUAAUCGAAUUGGAAAAUUUGAAAUAAUAUUGUAA